CUCUCUUUAAACGUGAUAGUUUCAAAUCGUAGACGUUAGGGAAUAUGUUACACAACGAAAAGGGCAAGUGCAAAUUCUCGGAAAUAGAAUAUACUUCUACGCCACGACGCAAUGAGGGCUAUUCAGCUGGACUUUCGACGGAUUUAAUGCAAGACACGGGUUAUGGCACAAGCUCUUCAAUUACUUUCAGUCCUGUUUCUGCUCCGGAGAUUGAUGUAUUCCCUGACAGUUUUGAUGAAGAAAGGUGUUUUGGGACCAGAAAAUCUCUUCGGGGCAAACGACGCGUAGAUAUAUUGUCCGCUUUGAUGACGUACGAGAGAUCAGGGUAUGUACUUCGAAAAGUACUCCAGUAUCUGAAAUUUUGCGAACGUCUGUCAAUGCUUUCUGUGUGUAAAUCAUGGCACUCAUUGAAAUGGCGUUUCCCGGAAAUGUUUACUAUAAAAAAGCAUGAGUGUACUGAGGAAAAUUGUGUCAAACACCUGCCGAAAUCAACUCUUGGUCGAAAGCCGCUUAGUGUCGUCAACUAUUGUGGGACUUCUUUACCUGCAGAUAGAUCGUGUAAUAACCAAACCAAGGAAUUUUUGCAUGCAUGUCCUGUAUGCUCUGGAGUAGCAUUCUAUCGACCCAGUGAAUGGCCAAACCGUCUGCACUGUCAAGCUGUAGAUUGUGGUGUCUCUGUCUGCUUUGAUUGUCGAAGGGAGCAUUCCCCUAGUGAAAAGUGUUCAGUAAAAGCCAGUUCACCAAUAAGAAGACUCUCUCCAAUUCAUCCUCGUUCAUCGCCUGUAAGAAGUCCACGAACACGUUGGCGAUUAAUGAAGGCUUCACUUCGUCGUCUUUAAGUUUCUACCGUUAUUAAUAUUACUAUUGUAGUAUAUUAAUUAUAAUUUACCAUUGUUCUUUCAUUUGUACAUAUUCUUACCCCUGACCUCACCACCAUCCCCACCCCAGUUUAUUAAAAUCAAUAUUUUACGUAUCAUUUGUUAUUAAUAAUAGUAAUAAUAUACUCUUGUUCUACUUGCCGUUGUACAAAAACACAUUCUUGUUGAUUAGAGACAAUUCUGUCUGUACACGAUGCUGUUUCUCUUCCGAAGAAGAAAGAGACACCCAAUGCUUUUGUGUUGUUAG